GUGUGGCAACCCAGGAAAAGCGUUUAUUUAUGUAACUUCCACACCGCCCAUUUCGCCUAAGUGGGAGGUUUACAACCACGGAUGAACCGGUGCGAUUGAGCUUUUCCUUUAGUUCUUUUUUGGGGGGGGAAAUCUAUGCAAUCACUAAAAGUCGUCACCGGCUUAAUCUAUAUCCAAUAACGUCACAAAAUAGUUUUAGGCAGCAGUCUUACAAAUGUGCAUGAUCAAAAUGAGUUUCGCGGCUCGGUCAAAACGUUUUCGGAGUUGCCUUCUUAGACUUUAAUGACAAUAAUCCCGGAAGUGCGACUCCUUCCGCGAAAGAGAAGCCCGGGCGGAAACCAGAAUAAGCCCGGGAAACAUCUGGCCCCUCCUGCAGCUGCGCACCUUUGGCCUCACGGUUGCUCUUUUAAACAUUCCCUCCUCCGUCGCUGUCAGCAUUGCCCGUUUAAGGCCGCUUCGGUUCUCGGUCGGGUGUGGAGCGGAGGCUGGGCUGCCGGAUCCCAAAGGCGGAGGGGAAGGAUCAGCGAACGCACGUAUCGCCGGCAGGAUGGCGGAGAAACGCGUGUCCCGUUGGUACUUCGGGGGCCUGGCCUCUUGCGGGGCUGCGUGCUGCACGCACCCUCUGGAUUUACUCAAGGUUCAUCUGCAGACUCAGCAGGAAGUGAAGCUGCGCAUGACAGGGAUGGCUCUACGUGUGAUUCGCAACGAUGGUUUUCUAGCUCUCUACAAUGGGCUCAGUGCCUCGCUUUGCCGACAAAUGACGUAUUCUCUCACCCGCUUUGCCAUCUAUGAGACGGUGCGAGACAGCUUGAGCAAGGGUGCCCAGGGUCCAAUGCCCUUCUACCAGAAGGUGCUGCUGGGUGCAGUAGGAGGUUUUACUGGUGGAUUCGUGGGGACCCCAGCUGACAUGGUGAAUGUCAGAAUGCAGAAUGACAUUAAGCAGCCGGCACACCUGCGACGCAACUAUUCCCAUGCCCUGGAUGGCCUGUAUCGGGUGUUUCGUGAAGAGGGUGUGAAGAAGUUGUUCUCAGGAGGAACAAUGGCAUCGAGCAGAGGAGCCUUGGUUACCGUUGGACAGCUCGCUUGCUAUGACCAGGCAAAGCAGUUGGUUCUUGGGACUGGUUUACUCACUGACAAUAUUUUUACUCAUUUCCUGGCCAGUUUUAUUGCCGGAGGAUGUGCUACAUUUCUGUGUCAGCCCUUGGAUGUGCUAAAAACACGACUUAUGAAUUCUCAAGGCGAAUAUCGGGGUGUCCUGCACUGUGCAGUGGAGACGGCUAAGCUUGGGCCAUUGGCUUUUUAUAAGGGCCUUGUUCCUGCCGGCAUUCGCUUGGUCCCUCACACUGUGCUCACCUUUGUCUUCCUGGAGCAACUACGCAAAUAUUUUGGCGUUAAAGUAAUGACCUAAAGGAGAAGAGACCUGUUAGAGUAAAAAAAAGAUGGGGAACAAGGACUACAGAGUCCCAGACUGGCUGGAUGACAUAUUCUUUCCCUCCUUGAGGGGCAGGUAUCCCCUUCACUGCCAGGGCACUAUCUGACAUCUCACAGAAAGUCCUUGUUUGGCAUCUGCUCUUGGCCAGUUCUUCAAUAUGGUUUGGUACCUACUAGUGGAGUAGCCCUCCAGGAUUUCAGUGACCAGUCCCAAAUGCCUCUCUUCUCUGCCCAUCACCACCCAAGACCUUUUCAGUGUUGAAGGCUUGCUUAUACCAUAGCAUUCCUCAUUAACCUCCAGCCUCUCUGUCUCCUGGACAUAAUAGCCAGCAUUCCGACAGACAUGUCUGAUUUAUUUCUUACUAAUAUGCUUUCCUUUUGUGCUGUCAACAAGCACGUGCCUCGUUCAGAAGCCCCCCCCCCAUUUCAUUGCUUUCUAGUCUCAUGUAUAGCAAUACCCUCUUCCCAUCUGUGUGGGGAUUCCUUUCUCCCCAAGCAGAAGGGUGUUGGCCCUUAUUGGGAAGGAGAUCCUUCAUCACAAGUUUGUCCCACUUCUAAAUGUUGCAAUUAGGGUUCUGGUGACUGCCAACGAUAGCUGAUAGCAAUAUCAGGCAGGCAGAGGCCUUGACAUAGCAGGGUCUCCAAUUAUUAUUCAGUAAUGUGGAGAGAACAAUGCUUUUCUCACUCUGUCCUGCCUGCUCCCUUUCUCCUACCUCAGUCUUCAUUUACUCUUAGAGCUGCAGUUCAAGGAACAAGCGUUUAUUUUCUGGGAUUGGAAGUGACAUUGGGCAAGUGAUGUCCUUCCACACACCCCAGUCUAUAGCCAGCCUAAUAUCACUCUUCUCCUUCAAUUGCCUCCUUAAACUUGUUCAACCAAAGCCUUCUGAAACCAAAGGACCUUAUACUGAUGAGAGGCUGCCUUGGAAACUCCCACCUAAGAGGGAACAGGUUUCCUAAAUGCAUGUGAAUCUUCUCCUCUCCUAUGAAUGGGCAGUGGAACUGCCCAAAAAUUCAAAGAUGGGAGGUAAAACUGGAGAGGCCUUGUGAGGUCCUUGGAACAAUUAAAAAAAAAAGUAGCCUAGCAGAUGGGCUCUUUAUUGUCCCUGUGGGAUAUGGGUUCAAGUCAGAAGACCAUCAAUUUUUUAGAGUAACUACAAUAUAUAUGUUUGUCAAGCUAUUAUCCUGAGCCUUCUUGGUACCACUGGAAGGAGCAUCAAAGGCUGUGGAAUCUUCCCAGAUUCCCUUGCUUUUACUGUGACAUCAUUCAGAUUCUACUGUAACAUUGAUGUAUUCUUUGUUUUUCUGUCUCGGAGCCUGUUUAAUGAAACGAUUUUGGGAUGUCUAUUGAUUUUAUCCUCCACCAGCUUAUCAGAGGGUUGCUGGCCAUGUUCAGUGUGCCAUUCUGGGGGAGAUUACCUUGUCAAUUCCAAAAAUCAGAGCCAGUGAUCAGCACUUUAGGAAUCACGAAAAUAAAAUGAUUGUGCAAA